CGGUCCUGCUCCAUCUGCUCUCGAAGCUCGUUUCUCCUCCGGACCGAGCCGCGACUCGGACAUGAGCCCGACCUGAAGCGGCAAAAGACCUGAAGCACAGAACGACCUGAAGCACAGAACGACCUGAAGCAGAACCAGACUGAAGAGUGAAGAUGGGCUUUUCAGAGCUGCUGGACGAGGUGGGUGGUUUCGGUCGGUACCAGUUGGUCCACGUGAUCCUGAUCAGUUGUCCUGGUCUGUUCAUGGCCGGACAGAACCUCCUCAACAACUUUGUGUCUGGGAUCCCCGAGCACCACUGCAGCAUCAGCGCCAACUUCAGCGCCAACGCCAGCGCCAUCGGGCACGUCUCACAGCUGUACCCUGAGACCUGGCUGAAGGCCUUCAUCCCCAUGGACCCUUCUGGAGAGAGGCUGGAUCGCUGUCGGAGGUACGUGGUCCCUCAGUGGGAUCUUCUGACAGCCAACGCCUCCCUGAACUCCAGCGAGCCUGAGACGGAGAGCUGCGUGGACGGAUGGACCUACCAGAGCACGGAGUUCAUCGCCACCACCGUCUCUGAGUGGGGUCUGGUCUGCUCCUGGAUGCCGCUCAGACAGAUGAUCCAGACCAUCUACAUGGGAGGGGUCCUCACCGGGGCCAUCGUCUUCGGGGGGCUCUCAGACAAGUUUGGGCGGAAGUUGAUCCUUAUUUGGUCAAACCUGCAGCUGGCGGUGUUGGGCUGCGUCUGCGCUCUGUCUCCGUCUUACUCCACCUACUGCAUCCUCCGCUUCCUCAGCGGCAUGGCCGUGUCCGGAAUCAUCAUCAACGGAGUCUCACUCAAGGUGGAGUGGAUCCCGACAAAGCAGCGGACGAUCGUGGGGACCCUGUCGUCCUUCUUCUUCACGGUGGGGCAGUUGGUGCUGGCGGGUUUGGCCUACUGGCUCAGGGACUGGAGGAAGCUGCAAGUCGCCGUCUGUCUGCCUCAUUUCCUUUUCUUCGCCUGGGCCUGGUGGUACAGUGAGUCGGCGCGUUGGCUCAUAUUCAACAGACGCACAGAAGACGCUCUGAAGUCUCUGCAGCGCGUGGCAAGAUUCAACGGCAAAAAGGAGAUGGCCCAGAAGCUCACGGUGCAGAUGUUGGAGGAUCACAUGAAGAAGGAGAUGGAGUCGCAGAAGACCACGCACAUGGCUGCGGACCUGGUCCGGACCAGAGUCAUGCGUCGGAUCUCAGUGUGUAUGGUGAUCAUCUGGUUCGCCACGUCCUUCGCCUAUUACGGCAUCGCCAUGGACCUGCAGAAGUUUGGGGUGAGCAUCUACCUGAUCCAGGUGAUCUUCUGUGCCGUGGACUUCCCGGCCAAGUUCCUGGCUCUGGGCAUGCUCAGUGUGGUGGGGCGGAGGAUCACUCAGGGCACCUGUCUGUUCGUGUCGGCAUUCGUCAUCUUCGCCAACAUCCUGGUGCCCAGAGAGAUGCAGACGCUCAGGACGAGUCUGGCCUGUUUAGGAAAAGGCCUCAUGUCGGCCUCCUUCACCACCGUCUACCUGUACACUGGAGAACUCUACCCCACCACCAUCAGGCAGACGGGGAUGGGGCUGACGUCCACCAUGGCCCGAGUGGGGAGUAUGGCGGCUCCGGCAGUGCUCAUCCUGAACGAGGUGUUUCCGUCCCUGCCCAGUCUGAUCUAUGGAGGGGCCGCGCUCGCCGCCAGUGGAUUCGCCCUUUUUCUCCCAGAGACACUGAACGUUCACCUGCCGGACACAAUCACUGAGGUCGAGGAGAAAUGGUCUCGACGAGGCCCCGCCCACGGCCACCCAAAAGAGGGCGUGCCUCUCAAUGACGUCAUGAAGGUGGUGGGCGUGUCCAAGGAGCUGCUGCCUUUAAAGGAGAUGAAGGAAGUGGAGAGGGCGGGGCUUAAUGCACUCUGACCGUAGAGCCCCGCCCCCAAACCCGACAUUUUACUGCGUCUAAUAUUUACUACUGUUUGUGUUUAUGUGAAGUGUUAGAACAGAAACAUGAUCGUUUUAUUAUGAAGUUAAUUCAUUAAAGUUGUACUAUGGAA